AUGGCACCCUUCCAAAAUAUUUUAUACGCUAUUCGUCUCACGCUUAGUUUCACAUCUAAAAAAAGCAUUGAGAGAAUCCGGUUGCAGUACAGCAAUGAUAUAAGUGUGGUGGGCAAAGACCAGCUGGAAUUCAAAGGCCAAGAAAUACUACAUUUCCUUCCCCGGAAGUUGUCGCCUCUAUACAAAAAAGUCCUUCUGGAAGCAAGUAAAAAAUAUGCGCCUUUUCCUCUCGUACCCACAACACCUCUCGAAAACCACCACACCAUGAAGAAUGUCUCCUUGGAUGUACUUCCUUCUUCCUCAUUGGAGAAAAUAGACGAUCACCUAUCGUUUCAUUUGAAGGAAGCUGUGAGUGUACAAAAGACUAAAUUAGGGUGGAAACAACCUAAAGACUUUUGGCUGAGGAGAUGUGGUUGGACAGAUGACAAAAGCGAGUGUCAUAACAAGCCAUAUCGUCAUAAAAUAUGGAUUGGGGGCGAUUUGAAAGAUGGUGAAGCCAACGCUAUAUUAUUUAAACUCAAGCAGGAUUAUGAAAAUGGGUUUGAUAAACUGCAUGUAGUCGGACUGGGUUUAUGGAGAGAAAGAUGGUCACACGAAAACGGCGAAAACGGCAAGACUUCCCAGAAACACGAAGAAAUACUUGACAAGUUAUUUCCCUUUACCGGAAAAAUUUGA